GGGGAGGAGACUUGGCUGGUUGCUAUGCUGGAUUGGCCCUCUCCCAGUCAUGUCCCCUCAUGGGGAAUGGAAGCAGAGCAGCUCCUCAGCAGAGGGGGGUGGCAGAGGAGGACAGCAGCCACAAACACCCCGCACAGACAGACAGCUAAUGUGACGGUGGCAGGAACAACAACAGCAGCAGCAGCGCUGGCAGCGACCGUGACAGCGACAACUACAGUGGCCUCGUGCAUUAGACGCUCGGGUGGUGGAAACACAGAGCCAGGAGUUAGCCACCUGAUUCUCCGCUGUGUGUGAGAGAGAGAGAAAGAAAGAGAGAAAGAGAGAGAGAGAGAGAGAGAAGCCACAGCACCAAUCACCGCUGCAAAGCUCCAGGCCUGGACCUAGAACCUCACUAAUGUUUAACCUCGUUCAUCGCAAAAUGUCCACAUGCGGAGGCUCUUAAGCAGGUGGGAUCUUGUUCUGGCUACUGCUGUGAUAGCAUGCCCCAGCUGGAGGAUGCCAAAUGCAGCUUCCUCUUUUGCCUUGGAAUUUGCAUUUUUAUCUGCUCAAUCAUAUACUUGAAAACCACAGUUUUUGACACACCACAAGCAAAGAGUCGCAUCCUCACAUGCAGGCCUUUCCCUCAGCACUGUCCAGCCCUGGGCCACAGCAGGAAUGGGACGAGAUGGCAAAGCACUGAGUGCCAUCUGGAGGGUUACUUCAUGGCCCCGGUGCUGAAUUGUACUCAGAUGUGGUCAGAUUUUCAUUUCAUCACCAGGACUUUGAGCAAAGAGGAAGAAGAGUACCCUUUGGCCUUUAUUAUCACGAUCCAUAAAGAGCUCGAGACAUUUGUGAGGCUCCUAAGAGCCAUCUAUGCCCCGCAUAACGUCUACUGCAUUCACGUGGACAGGAAGGCGCCUGAGGACUACAAGAAAAGCGUCCAGCUCCUGGCUGGGUGUUUUGACAAUGUUUUCUUAGCCACAGUGAGCGAGAGGGUGACUUAUGCCGGUUUCUCCCGGCUGCAGGCCGACAUCAACUGCAUGAGUGACCUGGUAAAGUCCUCUGUCCGCUGGAGGAAAGUCAUCAACCUCUGUGGGCAGGACUUUCCCAUUCAGAGCAACCUGGAGCUGGUGCGAUACAUGCAGAGCAAAGAGUGGCGAGAUCGGAACAUGACACCUGGGAUCAAGCAGCCAAAGGAUAAGCGCUAUCGCACAGAGUUUCAGUAUGUGGAAGCGGACGACUCCUAUGUAGUACAGCACAAGAGGGGCCACAAGAAGAGCCUCCCGCCACACAACCUCCAAAUAUAUUUUGGAACAGCCUACUACUCCCUGACCCGUGCAUUUGUACAGUUUGUUCUGGAGAGUCCAGUAGCAAAAGACUUUUUGGAGUGGUCUAAGGAUACGUUCAGCCCAGAUGAGCACUACUGGGUAACACUGAAUCACAUUAAAGAUGCACCAGGAAGUCAUCUAAAUGGAGGCUGGGAAGGGGAUAUUCGUGCCAUAAAGUGGAAAGAUCAAGAAGGAACUACACAUAAUGGCUGUAAAGGUCACUACAUCAGGGAUAUCUGCAUCUACAGCAUAGAGGAUAUCCCUUGGAUCAUCAACAAGGAAAGUAUGUUUGCCAACAAAUUUGGAAUUGAAACCUUUCCAGAUGCUCUCCACUGUCUAGAGCAGUGGCACCGACUUAAAGUCCUGCAGCAAGCUGCAGUGCCCAUACAGCCAUCCUGGCAUCUAGCACAUGAAAUUGACACCAGCCAAUGCUGUAACACAGCAGGGCUGAAAAGCAAUCUGCUAUACCCAAGUUAGCUAAUGGAAACUAUAUUGGAGAUAAAGUAAGCUAAGGAAUGCUGAAGGAAAUGAAUAUGUUUACAAUGCAUCACAAUAAAUCAGAUAGCCUUAAGGUACGCAAAUGUGGCACUACUGAGAUACGCAAACAUUGCACUCUUGAGAACUUCGUAAUAGGCACAGGCACGGGCCUAGAGUCAGUUAAACUGACAGUCUUUAGAGAGAUGGCUGUGGUAUAAUUAGGUCUAGGCUCUCUUAAGAGAACAGUGGUGCAAUGCCACUAUGAACAUGAUGCAAUCAACAUCUCAGGUACAUUACAACCGAAUAACAGAAGCCAGUCCUCCACAUUCACUCAUGUGAAGAUGAACAGCAGUGAAUAACAAGCCAUCCAGAGAAUAUAUUUUGGUUUAUUAAGUACUUAAAAUGUUAUAUUUGGCAAAUUACAUUUAAGUAAAAAAAACAAAAACAAAAAAACACCUCACUCCAGUCCCUUAUGCUUUCCAUAUAGGCCUUGACAUUAAUGAAAGCAGACAUGUUUUGUGUUUUCUGAAUGUAAGUUGAGCUGAAAUGUAAACUAUGUGUAAGUAUAUAUAAAGUUAAAAUUAUGUGUAACUAUUCUAACCUGUAUAAACAUGAAGACAGAAUGAAAUGGCUCUUGAAGCAAAGUGUGCCAACUAGAUGUAUUCAGGUCAGUCAAUCCAAAGAAAUAAUAUGAAUUAUUAUUGUUAUUUUUCAUGAUUAAAGCUGGAGGCACUCUGGGCUUUGGUGUACCAUUUAAUUCUGUUAGAAAAUGUGCAAAAGGGAGAGGCAGAUCAGAUCUUUUGUGUAAAACAAUCUGAUUCAAAUUCUUGCAGUGCAGCUUUUCAGAUUCAGGAUUUCCUUGUUUUUCACAUUAAACCUGUUACAUCCGCAAUAUUGACUACUAAUGUUGACUGUUUGUUCUCCGAUACCUCAUCAGGAAAACAUGGUCUAAUGCCUUUAUUUGUACCAUAAAAUAACCAUGCAGACAACUGGAGUCUAGGGAUAUUUUGUUUCCAUGGUAACCAUAAUUGUGUUUUGCUGUUUUUUUUAGUGGUGUUAGAUAGUCAUAAACUGUUUUCAGACAUAUCCUGCAGAUCUUUGUCCAACGGAUGUCCGACCCUUCGGGUGAUUCCGAUAUGAUGCUUACAUGGGGACAUUAUGUGGACAUUAUGUGUGAACGACACCGAUGCACAUAAACUGAAUCUCUGUGUGGUCAAACAGGUGGAACGUGGAUGAACAUGCACAUUUUGAACAGAAUCUCUGCAUUAUCUUCGCUUCAUUCAGACAUGAGCUCAUUUAAAUGACAUCCGUCCAAAAUACUAGGAGGGGAGUAGUGUACAGUAACAGCCGACUAAGUUCGGAGUUCCAAAUGUUGUUCGGAUAUAUCACCCAACUGCUUGAUAUCCACAGAACAGGUUGGAAAGUUGGAAAGCCCACUUCACCCACACACAAAAAGUGUGUGUGUGUGUGUGCGUGUAAGGCACUG